AUGGCACCUUCAAAAUCUUCGAAACAAGAAUUAACGCGAGCACGCGUCGCAAGGGACGCGGCGUUAAAUUCAAUACGGAAAAUACAUGCACUGGCUAUGGAAGCGGACACGGAUGAGCAUAAACGACCAAUAUUUUUCGCACGUCACGGGACAUUAGAACGUGUGGUUAAGUCGUUUGAAGCGGAGCAAGGAAAUGUUCUUUCUUCACUGGUUGAAUUAAACAGGUCUGACGAAUUUACAAGUUCAGAUUUAGAAAUUACCGAGGAUAUGGAAAAAAUGUGUGGAGAAAUUCAAGUGGUGUUUUCGAAAUUACGUGGAUAUCCUUCAAUUACACAACAAGGUGCAAUCGUAGAACGCGAAAAUACGUAUAAUUCUCGUGCAUCGCUGUCGUUGCCGAAGAUUGAGCUUCCAAAAUUCGACGGUAGUCUUAUCAAUUGGUGCGCGUUUCGCGAUAUGUUCACGUCACUAGUGCAUGAAAAUUGGUCAAUAACGGAUAUAGAGCGCUUUCAUUAUUUGGUGUCUUGCUUAUCAGGAUCGGCCUUGAACAUUGUCAAAUCAGUUCCACUAACCUCAGAUAAUUAUGUAAUCGCCUGGUGUGCGCUUCGGGAUCGUUAUGAUAACAAGCGGCUUCUUGCUACAGCACAUUGUGAUAAAUUAUUUUCAUUUGAACGUUUACAACGGGAAUCGGUAUCCUCGUUAUCAUCUUUUGUUAAUACUUUUCGUGAGAAUGUGGCUGCGCUAAAGGCACUUGGUGUUGUUGAUUUGUCUGGAUUCUUGCUAUUCUACAUCGGAGCCCGCGUCAUUGAUCCUGAUACUCGUCGAUUAUUUGAAGCAAGUGUACCUCAAGAAAGCAUACCAAAGCUGGAUGAAUUGUUGGAUUUUGCCGCGAAUCGGUGUAAGAUUUUAGAAAACGUCGGCGCUAACAUGGGUACACUGUCAGUGGGCAACAGUAGUUCUAGAAAGGGCAAGGGCGACCAGACGUCCGUGAAGACUUCAUUAUCGACUACUGCCACUGCCAAGAACAAAUGUGCGUUUUGCGAUCGUGAUCACCCGUUAUUUCGAUGUUUAAUGUUCAAGAGGAAAUCGGUCGCCGAACGGCGGGAGUUUGUCAUUAAGAAAGAAUUAUGUUUUGUUUGUCUACGUCCGGAUCAUGAAGCAAACUCCUGUAAGUCGGCGUACUUGUGCAAAACUUGUGAAGAACGACACAGUGUAUUACUCCAUUUAGAUUCAAAACAUAAGGGUUCAGGGAAAACAUCAACACCUAAUGCAAUGGCAAUUUCAAAACCAAUUGAAAGCACCACGGAUCAGAACUGUACAGCUACUAACUUUUCAGGCGCUGUGAAAUCGGAUGUUAGUGUUGUACUGGCUACGGCGAUAGUCAGAAUACGAGACCAAUCUGGUGAGCUGGUGCCAGUGCGAGCUUUAUUAGAUACUGGAUCACAAAUUUCGGCCAUUACCAAUCAGUGUGCGAUCCAACUUGGUUUACCACGUCAUAAGAGACGAGUAGAGGUUAGUGGUCUGGCACAGCAGCCCGUACGAACUGUUAAGGGUUCAACCAAUUGUAGCUUUAUUCCUUUGUUGUAUGAUGCACCGCAAAUAUCGGCCACCAACAUUGUAAUAUUACCAAAAAUCACCGCUCUUAUGCCGAAUCAAAAAUUACCCAUUUCAAUUCGUGAGCGAUACGGGCAUCUUCCACUCGCUGACCCCGAUUUUGAUGUACCAGGUUCAGUAGACAUGCUGAUUGGAGGGGAUUUAUAUCCAUUCAUCUUGCAAUCGCGAUCAGACAUUGUCCAUAGUCCCGGUCUGCCGUCAGCAUUGAACACACAGUUUGGAUGGGUAAUAGUCGGAGCCAUAGAAGGGUCAAGAGAAUACUCUACGGCUUCAUCGUUGGUGGUUCAUGCGGCAUCAGAUAAUCAAAAUAUAGGUGAGCUUUUACAGCGAUUUUGGGAAGUUGAAGAACUUGAUAUAAACCAUAGCCCAAGCACAGAAGAUGAAGCAUGUGAAAGACAUUUUCAAGAAACAGUAUCGCGGGAUUGUAAUGGAAGAUUCCAUGUUGCUUUGCCUUUCAAAUCCAUAAUUUCUAGUUCAAUGGAUAAGGGAAAUACAAAGCAUGACGCUCAUUCAUUAGGCCUAGGAUCGUCCCGGGCAUUAGCUCUGAAUCGCUUAUAUAAUCUUGAACGUCGCCUAAGUAAGGACGAAGAGCUAUAUAACGCCUAUCGUGAUUUUAUGGAUGAAUAUAUUGCACUAGGCCAUAUGAAGUUGGCUGGAACGCACCGGAGAAUAUUCAUACCAUAUCACGCAGUUGUAAAACGGAAGGAGAAUGAUAUAAAAAUUCGAGUUGUUUUUGAUGCCUCCGCCCCUUCUUCGUCGGGACGUUCUCUAAACGACUGCUUAGCAACUGGGUCUAAAUUGCAAACCGAUAUCGGUGACAUCUUGUUGCGUUGUCGAUUCUAUAAGUACAUAUUCAUAGCGGACAUAGUUAAGAUGUAUCGACAAAUAUUCGUUCGAAAAGAAGACCGUGUUUACCAACACAUUCUUUGGAGACGUUCACCACACGAGCAAUUGGAACAAGAUAAUGGUCCAGAAUUUCCAUUGGCAAGGCAAUUUCUGCGGUCAUAUACCUAUGUGGAUGACAUUAUUGCAGGGGCCGAUACAAGGGAAGGCAUAUUGAAGGUUCAAUGUCAAGUCGUUGGGUUGUUACAGAAAGGAUGUUUUCAGCUCAGUAAAUGGGCCAGUAAUUGCCCCGAAGUAUUGGAAGGCAUUGCGAAGGAAGACUGCGCCAGUAACCCAUACUAUGAACCUCAUUCUGGACUGGCUAUAAAAAUAUUGGGACUUUACUGGGACCCGUAUGGAGAUACAUUCGGAUACAGGUCAAAUAUUACAGAGAUGCAACCUACAAAGCGAUCAGUACUAUCAGUCCUCGCUCGAUUAUAUGAUCCCAUUGGAACAUUAGGCCCAAUGGUUUUCUGGGCUAAGUGCCUAAUGCAAGAGCUAUGGCACCAAGGACUGAACUGGGACACUCCAAUUUCCAAUGAGAUCUCUUCCAAGUGGAAUAUGUUCAUAGAAGAACUUACAUCGUUGGCGCACUUGAAGUUACUUCGUCAUAUUAGCAUUGGAAAAUGCAUAAGGGCUCAGCUAGUGGGGUUUGCAGAUGCGUCACAAAGGGGUUAUGCUGCGACGGUAUUUCUACGAGUAACGGACAAUCAAGGUCUUAUUAAAGUGCAUUUCAUUGCUUGCAAGUCAAAGGUUGCUCCGCUAAAGACAUCCAAGAUCGAUAAGUCUUUGACCAUACCCCGGUUAGAACUAUGUGCCGCACUUUUGUUAGCACGUCUCCUUUCACAUAAGAUGUCACUGUUAAAGGAAUUAGUAUCUGUACAAGGCAUCAAAGCAUUCUCUGAUUCAACGAUUGUUUUGUCAUGGUUAAAGGCCGAGCCCAAGGAUUUUAAAAUAUUUGUUACAAAUAGAGUAAACAAAAUAAAGGAGCUACUGCCACAAUGUGAGUGGAAUCACGUAAAAACUACGGAAAAUGCAGCGGACCCGGCAUCAAGAGGGUUACUCCCAAGCCAAUUAGUUGCUUCGCCGUUGCAUUUGAACGGUCCGGAAUUCUUACGGCAGGCUGAAGAACAAUGGCCGAGUCAAACUUUAACAAGACUUCCUUCCGAGCAACUUCCAGAUUACAAACAACCAGUCAAGUGUGUGUUGCAUAUCCUUAAAUGUAAAGAAUCAGAAGAGAUUUUCCGUCGUUUUUCGUCAUUAACGAGAAUGCAGCGAACACUUGCGUAUGUAUGGCGCCUCAUUGACCGUUGCAAACGGAGGCCUGUAAGCAGGGGCCCACUUACUCAAAUUGAACUCAAUCGAACACUUCUUAACAUUAUUAAGCUUACGCAAAAUUUUUAUUGGGAAGACUUACGGAAGCAGUUAGAAAAUACAUCGGCAUCGAUAACCCCCAAUUCACUUGCUCAGUUGUCACCAUAUUUAGACAAGGAAGGAUUAAUACGUGUCGGCGGUCGACUUCGUUUUUCGCUUCUGACCGAGGAAGCUAAGCAUCCGGUGUUGCUCCCUAAGGCUGCUCAUGUUACGCAGUUAAUCAUAAUCCAUUAUCAUAUGAGCCUUCUACAUGCCGGUCCAAAAUUAGUUAUGGGUAUGAUUCAAAGGAAAUAUUGGAUUGUGUCAGGACGUGCCGCCAUUCGGAAAAUUAUACAUACAUGUGUUAGAUGUGUGCGCCAUAGAGCUGCUUGCCCACAACCAGUCAUGGCAGACCUGCCACCAGUACGAGUACAGCCUCAUAGACCAUUUGCAUUCGUUGGCAUGGAUUACGGUGGACCGUUUAUUGUGAAAGAAAGCCGUCGACGAGGUGCUAAGACUAACAAGGCUUAUCUUGCUCUAUUUGUGUGUCUGUCAGUAAAGGCAGUCCAUCUGGAAGUGGUAAGCGACUUAUCCACAGAAGCGUUUCUUGCUGCCUUCGAUCGCUUCACUGCUCGUCGUGGAAUUCCAGUUGAAAUACGUUCUGACUGUGGAACAAAUUAUGUAGGCGCCGCUCGGCAAUUGAAAUCCUUGUUCAACGAAGCAAAAACCCGAGACUCUUUAAUGAGUAGGAUCCCGUGUCAGUGGUAUUUUAAUCCACCUGCAGCCCCUCAUUUUGGAGGGAUCUGGGAGGCGGCAAUUAAAAGUGUCAAGACACAUUUGCGAAAAGUCAUCGGUGAUCAAAUAAUGACCAUGGAGGAAUUGACCACACUAAUUAUUCGGAUUGAAGGAAUCUUAAAUUCACGUACACUCACAAGUGUCUCCAGUGAUCCGAACGAUUUAUGUGCAUUAACUCCUGGGCACUUCCUGGUAGGACAACCCCACACAGCACAUGCUGUCCAGUGGUUAUUUAAUAGAUGA